CACACUUCAAGAUGAUUUUCAACUAGAUUUUUCCUGACGUUUUCUUAAGAGUUUGGCUGUUUUGAGGAUUUCUGAGUCACCACACACCAUGCUGGACGGAGGCGUCCCUGCAGCCAAGGGCCAUCUGGUGGGAAAGGGAUUUGUGAGCAGCAAAAGGAUUAGUUUUCCGGCUAGAAAUACAGCUGGGAAUAACAGUGAGUCGUAGUUAUUCACUGCCGCACGCUGCUCUAACACUUUUUUCCCUCGUUGGGAGGGGGUGUGUGCCUCACGUGCCCCGGGAACGUGGGUGUCAGUAUGGGCAGCCAUCAGGGGCUGGCCUGGGUCCCAACACCUCCCAUGUGGAGACCACAGCAAACAGAGACACGACCCCCUGCUCCCCCCACGCUCUGCCGCUCACCCCAGCUGUCCUCUGGAGGGGAUGCUCACUGGGGGUGUCAGGGCAGGCAGCGGCGUCAGGCAGGAGGUUACUGAGCUGUGGGGAAGGACCCUGCCAGCCCCAGGCUGUGCCAGGGAUGAGGACACCAGCGGGAUGAUGCCCACCAGUCCCGGCCGGUGCAGGGGAUGAGGACCGCUGGGGGAAGAUACCGGCUGGUCCCGGGUGGCUAAAGGGGAAGAUGCCCGGCGGUCCCGGGCCGCGUCAGGGAUGAGAGCUGUCAGGGUAUGAUGCCUGCCGGUCCCGGGCCGUGUCGGGGAUGAGGACUGCUGGCCCCGGGUGGCGUCAGGGCUGAGGACCGCGGGGGGAAGAUGCCCGCCGGUGCCGGGCAGGGGACGAUGCUCGCCGGCGAAAGAUGCCCGCGGGUGCCGGAGGCGGGGGGCGUGCGAUCCGCCGUGCGCGCAGCCCACCCCCGGUGCCGUAUGACGGCGAGCCCCCUAUAUAUGUCUCCGGGGAGCGGUGCGCUGCCGCCGGGGAAGGUCGGCGGCCCGAGCGGCGGCUGCCCGGAUGGCGGAAGACCCCUUCCCCCACGGCCUGAACCUCUCCGCCCCCGGCGCCCCCCCGCCCCGCCCCGUCCCGCGGGCGGCCUGCGCGGGCGCCGUGCUGCUGCUGGCGCUGGUGGGCAACGGGCUGGUGCUGCGGCGAGUGUGCGGGGGGCCGCGCCGGCGGCGGGACCUGCUGGUGGGGCACCUGGCCCUGGCCGACCUGGCGGGCUGCGGGCUGGCGCUGCUCCCGCCGCUGGCCGCCGACCUCCCCGGCGCCGCCGCGCCCCCGGGCGCCGCCGCCUGCCGCCUGCUGCCGCUGCUGCAGCGCUGCGGGCCGCUGGCCUCGGCCCACGGGCUGGUGCUGCUGGCGCUGGAGCGGCACCGCCCGGCGCUGCCCGCCCGCUGCCUGUGCGCCCUGGGCUGGCUGCUGGCCCCGCUCCUCGCCCUGCCCCAGGCCUUCGCCUUCCGCCCGGCCCCGCGCCCCGGCGGGCCCCGCUGCCGCAGCAUCUUCGAGGAGCUGCCCCGCUGGCACGGCCUGGCCUUCGCCGCCUACGGGGCGGCCACCGGCUUCCUGGCGCCCGCCGGGCUGCUGGGCUGGGCCUGCGCCCGCAGCCUGGACGCCGCCCGACGGCGGCGGGGGCGCGGGGCGGGGGGCGGCGAGGGGCGGCCCCGGAGCCGGGCGCGGGCGCUGCGGCUGCUGCUGCUGCUGGCCGCGCUCUUCGCGCUCUGCCGCCUGCCCCGCUGCGCUGCCGAGCUGGGGCUGGCCUCGGCCGGGCGGCGGGAGGCGCCGCCGGCGCUGGGCAUCGUGGCGGCGGCCAGCAGCGCCCUCAACCCCUACGCCUGCCUGCUCCUCCACGGCCGGCGGCACCGGCCGCGCCGCCUGCGGCGGGGCCCCUGCGGGAGCUGCACGGCGCCCGCCGCCGCCUGCUGCUGCCCCGGCCUCGACGGCCAGGGGCCGCGGGGGGCCACGCUCCGCCGCCCGCUGCGCCGCCGCGCCCCCGGCUCCCCGGGGCCCCGCGGGAGCCCCCGCGCCUCGGCAGCCCCCGUGCCCGAGCCGGCGGUGCGGCGCUAGCGGCGGCGGGGCCUCGCCCCGGGGGAGCCGUGGCCCCGGCGAGGGGACGGGACGGGGCUGCGCGCUGCGGGGCGUGUGGGCAGCCGCGGAGCGCUGCCCCCAGACCUUCACCUCGGCGGUGGCCGAGCCGGGGGUGUCGCGGGCUGGCUAUUACCUGUCUGGCAUGUUUCCGUGUCAGGCCCGGAGAGGGCAGAGCCGGCAGGGAGGCUGAUGCUGUGCGAACUGCCCGAGCGCUGGUCCCAUCCGCAGCCCGACUGACUGGUCCCUACAGAGCCUUACGCGUAUUUCGGUCGUACCGUGUGGAUUUCUUGGUACCUCAUUCGGAAAUAAAAUCGUAAUUGGUGUCUGCUCAUAAUUACUGCUGCUGACAAAGGGUCAUUACAAAGACAGCUCAUCAGAACAGCCCUACCAGAAAAACUUUUUCCGCUCUCAGUGGCAG